CCCCCAGGACGUCGCAAUCUGCCUAGCCUCUCUGUCAAUGGUGGGUAUUGCUACUCGCGCUUUUCUCGCUCGUCUAGAGGCUCUCUUCCCCAAGCAGAAAAGGGGAUUUACCAAUCCCUGCUCUCUUGUCACUGCCGCCGCCUUCAGUUCCAGCAACCUACCAGAGGCCGUUCCUGAGGUCUUCAAGUAUGCAUCUGAGAGCCUGAAAACUCAUGAGGAACGACUGCUCCUCGCACGAAAGAUGCGCGAGGUGCUCUUCAAAGCUGGGAUGCUGUCUGGAUUUCCCAAGGCUAUCAACGCUCUUGGCAAGCUGCAUGCCGUCGUCCCUUAUGAACUGCGUGAUACUAAACCCCUCCGUGAUGCGUCGAUGUCAAUAGAAGCUUUAACGGCGAACGGCCAGGGUUACUUUGACCAGACCUAUGGAGAAACAGCGUAUACUGUUCAACCUUUCCUGCGGGAAAUAUAUCCUGAUUUCGCUCUUUGCACUAGUUUUGUGUACGGUUACACCUACAGCUUUUUCGACAUUCUCUCGCCUGCUGAGACUUCGUUUGCCAUGGUGGCAGCUCUGAUAGCCAACGACACACCACGUCAAAUUGACUGGCACUUGCAGGGGUCUCUGAGGAACGGCGCUACACUGGAAGAAGUGAAAGCGGUUCGUCAAAUUGCUAUUGAGGUCGCCAUGGCAUCAGGCGUAAAGUGGAAGAAUGCUAUCCCUGAUAUCAGCUCCCAGUGA